AUGGAUGCUAUUAAAAAGUAUUUUACUCAGUCUAUUGUAGACAAUGUUAAUAAAUCAAUGGAUGAAAAUGAUGAAUUGAAUGUUAAUACAAUUUAUAACAAAACUCAAGAUAGAGAGAAUGAGAUGAUCAUUCCAUCAUGUUCUGAGCUUAUAGACAUGACAAGUAUUCAAAAUACAAAUAAGCAUCUUUUACAUAAAAUAAAAGGUUUAGAAGAUGAAAACGACCGUUUGUUGUCAAUAAUUGAAAAAAAAAAUGUUAUAAAAAACGAUUGUAAUACACCAGAUUUUACAAAUAAAAAAAUAUCACAGUUAACAGAGAGGGUAAACGAACUUAUGUCAGAAUUACAAAUAAUUAAAUCGUCAGCAUGUAAUGAUUAUACAAGAAACAAAGAUUUUUUAGAAAUUAAACACUCGACUGAUAAGUUUAAUGUAUUGAAUAAAAAGAUUUGCAAUUACCGAAACCAAAUAAUGCAGUUGAAAAAUGAUUUAAAAAUAACUCAAAAUGCUUUAUCUAAUGAAAUUGGAGAUCCAGUUGUGAUGCAAAAAGUUUUAAUGGGCACGGGAUCUUCAAAUUAUAUAGGGCGUGCGCAAAAAAUAUUAAUAUUGCAACAGAAAGUGAACGAGCUGCAAGCGAAACAAAAUGAUUCAAAAACCAAAGAACUGCAUCAUUUAACUGUUAAUACCAGAAAAUUGGAAAAAGCACGUAAAGCAACUAGUGAUCAAGUAUUAAAGGAUGCUCAAUCAAAGGUUAGCGAAUUGACUAAAUCGGUGGACAUUUGGAAAAGUCGUAGUAAAGGAUUGGAUGUAGAAAUCACUGUUUUAAGAAUACAAAUUCAAAAACUAUUAUCAAAAUCUGAAUCAGAUAACCAACUUAUUGAUCAAUUAAAGGCCGAGUUAAGUAAUAACAAUAUACAACGGCUUAAAACUAAAGACUCUAUAAUAAAACUCGAAGAAUCAAUUACAUUAUUACAAUCAAAAUAUGAUAAAGCAACAAAAAUUAUUGAACGGCAAGCAUUUGAUUUGGAUGAUAAAGAAAGAAGAAUAUCUCAUUUAGAAUCCAAAACACUAAAGAAUAAUGACUCAACUAAAGUUCAUAAUAUGUGUUCAAUAGAUUUUACGGAUCCUAAAGAAAUUUUUUUUAAGAAAUUGAAUGAAUUUGAAAACCAACAACUUGUGGAUCUAUUAACCAUAGCUCAUAAUAAAAUUUGUGAAUAUGUUCUGGAUGCUGUUGAUUUUAAAAAUAAAUACUUAACGGAAAAGCAAAAAUUAGAAAAAUUUAAAUUAAAGAUGAGAUGUUUGAGUUCAUCUACAUUAUUUAAGCAAAGAUCAAAUAAUAUUUCAUAUAAUUUCAAACAUGAAUUAAAUCCUAAUGAAAAAUUAAUAGAAUUACAGAAUAAACUAGAAUUGGUUGAAGAAGAACGUGCUGCUUUUAAAGAUAGAUUGGAUACCCUCAUAAUGUUGAAUAAAGAAAAUGUACAUAUGUUUACUCAAUCAUUAAACAAUAUGAAACAGCAAAUAACGAAGAUCUCACAAAAUUCCCAGAAAUAA